CAUUUAAUUAAACAAUUAUGUAAUAGUCCAGCUGUUUAGUGGCUUUAGGUGCUUUAAAAUCACUAACACUGAUGCAGAAAGUGUCCAUUUUCCCAUGUUUGUUUAUCCACAUUAUUUUAUUCGUAGCACCUUGUACUCCUUUUUUUUUUUUUUUUUUUUUUUUUUUCCCUCUUCCUCCCUGCAUGAACCAUGUGCUAUUACCCUUGCACAUCAUGAGAAUCACCUUUUACUCACAAUCACAGCAUUGCACUUGAUUUGUUAACUGUUCACCAGAUAAGUUUAAUAGUGUAUAAUAAAAUGCUCACUAUGAUCAGAUUGGGAUUCAUCCUGCAUGUAAACAAAUUAGAUUGGGAUAAACUCCACUUUAUUUUUUUUUUAAAACUAUAAACUACACUGGGUUGAGGUACAGAGGGCUGCCAGAUUUUAAAAUCCCUCCACCUAAAUUGGUAAUUUGUUUAGUUUCACGGGGUUGCCAGAUUAUCCUGACUCUCCCUGUUCAAUGCUGUAUGCUAAUGCUAAACACCUGUAGCACUAGAGUAAAACGCUAUGCUUUGACUAGCUUUUUUCUCUGCUGCAUUGUGCAUGUUAUGAAUGACUAUUGCUAAAACACACCACAAACAAUUGAUGUUCAGUUGUCUCUACUUUAAGUCUGCAGUUUAACUGUUUAUGGGUGUUUUAUUAUUGCUCUUUAUUCAUUAUUUCUCUCAAUGUUGAUUAUCUCUACUCUGUAUGGAUAUUUUACACUCACUUCUCUUCAUAUCGAUGAAGCUGGCUCCUGCAACUCUGUCCAGCUGGAUGAGUCAGAAUUACUAUUUUCUCACUGUAGUGUGGUGGUUUUUUUUUUUUAAACAGCACUUAACUUGUACCUUUUUGCUUUUAUCACAGCAAAAAUUAAACAUAUGACAAAACAUGAACUCCUGUUCGUCCUUUCUGAACUUUUUAAAAUUGUUUUGUUGCAUUCGAUUUUCUUAAUAGAUUUUUCCACUAAAAGAUGUUUCAUUCCAGUGCUAUAGCUCAGAGGUGUGUGAUUAACUUAAUUAUGUAUUGCUUUUAUUUAUUUAAAUAAGAUUUUAAAGUUCUAUUUAGGAAACUAUAAAUGAGAAUUACUAUUUUAUUUAAAGUUUACUUGACAAUGCCAGAAACACUGAAAUAAGCUGCUGCUACUACUAUUCGCCCUAGUUACUAAUAUAAAUUUUAAAGUAUGCUAAUUUGCUUGUCAAUGUAAGGUGCUGCUAGCAGAAAUGAACUUCAUAAAGUUCUUAAAACACUAUAGUCAUCCUUAUAGGUAACGGACAUUAUAAAUGUGGGUUUUUAGUUAUAAACAUUUGAGGUACACAAUUUUAAAUGUUGGCUGUAAACUGAACUGUCAUCACUAUAUGCUAUUACAGUGACUCAGUAAAAGAAGCCAUUAGGCACGUGACCAUCCUGCACUUCUUCCUGCUUGGUGCUUCACCAGCGCGUGUCAUUUCAUGUUUUUAGUUGGACGGUGUGUGUCUCGUGCUCAUGGUGUAUUAACUGUUUGCGGCACUUUUCCACCAGGGGGCGCGCGUGUAUCAGAUUUGUGGCGUUAGAUCGCCUCAACUGGCAAAAUCCGGCUCAAACUGGAAGGACGCAGAAAGCAGCAGUUGCGUGGUGCGCGUGUGAUAUUGUACGCAUGCGCAGUGCGGGUCUAGUGACUUAUACGCACUUUAGUCUCAGACUAUCGAGCAGGGCAAGUUUUAUACAGGUAUCGUUUACAUUUAAACUUUACGCUUUCUGUUCAUCGACUGGUUUUGAAUUAAAGGGAGAAAUCCGAGAGAAGAGUGAGUUUGUGUUUGACUAUAAUGCUGUGAGUUUACCGCGGAUAGCUGUUAGCUUUAGCUCCGUGAGUGUCAUUAAACCGGCUUUAGUUCAUACAGAGUGAGGAGUGCAUUUCUGCAACAUUCAUUUCUAAUGCGAGAUCCAGAUGUUUAUUUGAAUUCUGUCUUUUUUUGUAGAGACGUAACGAUAUGUCCUGAUUCCUGGAUCUUCAGCCUUCCGUUGUGACAUGAUCCUCAUCACCUGCUCGCAUCCUCUCCCCUUCAGCUUCAACUUCUUCAACUCCAGCCCUUAAUCAGGGAUAAACUCAGGGUUAAAGGUCACGCUGUGAGAAACAACACGACAGCCAGAGAGAGAAGAGAGUAGAGGCAGCUGAACACUUCCUCCCCAUCACACUCCCCUCCUUCAUCAUCAUCAGCAGCAGCAGCUAUGGACAUCGCUCUGAGUCCUGCAGCAACUACAUGAGUCACACCGAUUUGAAGAGACACAAUGUGGCAGAUAGAGAUAAGUGUGUGUGUGUCUGUGAGAGAGCGAGAGAGAGAGAGAAGCCAAAGAGCUGAAGGAUUAAAGCCGACAAAGCUGCACUGGAAGGCAAAAAGAGAAAAACAGACAGAAGAGGAGGAAGAAAGAAAGAAAAAGCAGCACUGGGGAGAGAAAGAAAGAAGAGAGACCCAAGGCACAUGGAGAGAUAAGAAGAAGAGAAAGACAGAUAGAGAGAGAGGAAGAGAAGCUUGCUGAUUUUCUGAAGAGAGAAAGAACAAGACUAAAGACGAGACACUGAGUGAACACAGACAGACAGGGGUGUGUGUGUGGUGCUGUGAUGUAGAGAAUGCGAGAUGCAGGAGAAAAAGGACAUACAAUCCAAAACACAUAGUAAGGCUCACCCAGUGUUGAAGGCAUUUGUGUGCGGUUCCCUCAGUGGAACCUGCUCCACAUUACUGUUCCAGCCUCUGGAUCUGGUAAAAACACGACUGCAGACUCUACAGAACACACAGCCUGGUGGUGCAAAGGUGGGGAUGCUGCAUGUGUUUAUCACAGUGGUCCGGACUGAAAAACUCUUUGGUCUCUGGAAGGGCGUCUCACCGUCAUUUGUACGCUGUAUCCCAGGUGUAGGGAUUUAUUUCAGCACAUUCCAUUCUCUGAAGCAGUAUUUUUUCGAGCAGCGAGCACCGAGAGCCUAUGAGUUGGUGUUACUGGGAGCAGCAGCGCGUUGUGUGGCUGGAAUCAGCAUGCUGCCCUUCACCGUCAUCAAAACGCGCUUCGAGAGUGGGCGGUAUAACUACAGCAGUGUGUGUGGGGCAUUGAAGAGUGUGUGUGAGACAGAGGGACCGAGAGCUCUGUACUCAGGUCUGACAGCCACACUGCUCAGAGAUGCUCCAUUCUCUGGCAUCUACGUCAUGAUCUACAGCCAGAGCAAGAGGACACUGCCGCACGAUCUCGGAUCGUCAGCUCUGACUCCUCUGCUGAAUUUCAGUUGUGGUGUGUUUGCGGGGAUUUUGGCGUCUGUGGUGACACAGCCAGCAGACGUGGUGAAAACACACAUGCAGGUCAAUCCAACACGCUACUGCACAACACGCCAUGCACUGCACCUCAUCUAUACUGAACACGGAGUCGGAGGUUUUUUCCGUGGUGCUGUUCCACGCUCGUUGAGGAGAACUCUGAUGGCUGCAAUGGCCUGGACUGUAUAUGAACAACUCAUGGCACUUAUGGGCCUUAAAUCCUGAACACACAUGCGCACACUCCCAAAAGAAACACUCUCUCAGAUUUAAUUAAACGCUCCUUGAGAAAUCGACCCACAGCCAAUAAGCUGACAGUCUGUCGAUGUUAUGCGUCAUCGAACAAGCUCCGCCUCCAUGCCCUACAUCUUGAAAAAGGCUCCACCCACUGUCAUUGAGAUGACCUCGCCUCCACACUCUGUGUGCCUGUUGUCACUGCAGAAGCUCCACCCACUAUUGUUUUUAUUAAUUAGAAGACUCCGCCCCCACAGGUUCAUCCUAAAUGCUCCACCCUAGAGUCCAUGACAUAAGUUUUUUUUUAACUAUUAUAUAAAUUAUAUACCAUCAAACUAACCAUAAAACAGUAUUUAAUUAUUGUUAAUACGACAGAUAAUCAUUUUUGUAAUCAAUUAGACCGAUAUAAAUUUGAUCAAUUUUAUGAUUUAUAUCUAUAUAUGAUUUAUAUCUGAUUGUAUCUGAUAUAUUCUGUUGAUUUCUGACAGUUUCUUCACUUCGUUACCUUUUUUUUUUUUAGGCAUUUUUUGACAAAAAUCACCACUUUUACCAAGAUAAUCGGAAUCAAUUCUCAAAUCAUUUAAAAAUGCCCCCUUGUACAAUAAAAUAAGGUUUUUUACAUAAAUAGUCAAAAUAGAGUCUUAGGUUCAUCAGCUGAGAAAAUUCAGCAGAUACAGGACCCCCAAAUGUGUUACUGAGAAAUUAAGACAGUGGAAUAUUUAAUGUUUUGGAUGAACGUGUUGUUCAAGUGUGUCUGUUAAAACUCUAAUUUGUCUUCCGGACGUGAUGGUAAUAUCCCAUUUCCCAUAAUCCUUUGUGUUUUACAUUGUAAUGCUGCCUCUUUAUUACAUAUGCUCGGGUGUGUUUACGCUCUUUUAAAGACUUGGUGUAAAUUUGGUCAAAAAUACUGGAGAAACUCAAUUUUAUUAUUAUUAAUUAAUACUGGAAUGCAUUUUAUGUGGUGUAUAGAAUGUAAGAGAAGAAGCUGAAAGCUGAUUUUCUGUUACAGUAUGUAAAUUUUGUGUGUGUAUAAAUUGUGUAUAGUGUACAGUGUGUAUAUUUUGACUGGAUAUAUGAGUUGCACACACGUCAUAGUUUGUAAAUGCACUUUAAAUCAGGAGGAGCCUCGGUACCGGAUCUGUGUUGUUAAUCAAUUAUACAACACACUGUGAUAUUUAACAUGCACCUGCGUUUCAUUUGGGAGAAAAGUGUCUGGGUUAGUUCUGUGCUGCGAUUUUUAAAUCUGCACACUCCGUACACACUAACACAGAGUAUAGUGUGUUUUCUCUCGUUUCUGUGCCAGACGAACUGACAGACUUCAGUCUCCUCUCGUGAUUGUUGUUCUUUAAUAUCUUCAAUUCAGCUUGCUGUUAUUGCUGGUAUUUUCUGCUAACGCUGUGCCUCCUGUUUUGUUUACAUGUGAAUAAAUUUGUCCUGUUUUCAU